AAACGGGAAAGAUGGCGACUGCUCCGCGACGUUGAGGCCGCGUUAGGUGGUUCGGACUCAAGAGUGCUCGCACAGCGCCUCGCACGGUGCCUUGCAUAUAGUGGAUGUUUGAUAAGUACAUGCUUCAUUGAAUGAAGAAAAGACUCUGCCCCUGCCCUACAAAAACUGAGGAACUCAAAGAGGUGGAGAUGGCAGGAGAGCUGGCUGACAAGAAGGACCGUGAUGCAUCACCUUCCAAGGAGGAAAGGAAGCGAUCUCGGACUCCUGACAGAGAACGGGAUAGAGACCGAGACCGGAAGUCCUCCCCAUCUAAAGAUAGGAAACGGCAUCGUUCAAGGGAUAGGCGUCGAGGAGGCAGCCGGUCUCGUUCCCGUUCCCGUUCCAAAUCUAUAGAAAGAGAACGCCGGCACAAAGAACGAGAGCGAGAUAAGGAGCGUGAUCGGAAUAAGAAGGACCGAGAGCGGGAUAAGGAUGGGCACAGACGGGACAAGGACCGCAAGCGAUCCAGUUUAUCUCCUGGCCGAGGAAAAGAUUUUAAAUCUCGGAAAGACAGAGACUCUAAGAAGGAUGAAGAGGAUGAACAUGGUGACAAGAAGCCUAAGGCCCAGCCAUUAUCCCUGGAGGAACUUCUGGCCAAGAAAAAGGCUGAGGAAGAAGCUGAGGCAAAGCCCAAGUUCCUCUCUAAAGCAGAACGAGAGGCUGAAGCCCUAAAGCGACGGCAGCAGGAGGUGGAGGAGCGGCAGAGGAUGCUUGAGGAAGAGAGGAAGAAAAGGAAACAGUUCCAAGACUUGGGCAGGAAAAUGUUGGAAGACCCUCAGGAACGGGAACGUCGGGAACGCAGGGAGAGGAUGGAGCGGGAGACCAACGGAAAUGAGGAUGAGGAAGGGCGGCAGAAGAUCCGGGAGGAGAAGGAUAAGAGCAAGGAACUGCAUGCCAUUAAGGAGCGUUACUUGGGUGGCAUCAAGAAGCGGCGCCGGACGAGGCAUCUCAACGACCGCAAGUUUGUCUUUGAGUGGGAUGCAUCUGAGGACACUUCCAUUGACUACAACCCCCUGUACAAAGAACGGCACCAGGUGCAGUUGUUGGGGCGAGGCUUCAUUGCAGGCAUUGACCUAAAGCAGCAGAAGCGAGAGCAGUCGCGCUUCUAUGGAGACCUAAUGGAGAAGAGGCGGACGCUGGAAGAAAAGGAGCAGGAGGAGGCCAGACUCCGUAAACUUCGUAAGAAGGAAGCCAAGCAACGCUGGGAUGAUCGGCAUUGGUCCCAGAAGAAGUUGGAUGAGAUGACGGACAGGGACUGGCGGAUCUUCCGUGAGGACUACAGCAUCACCACCAAAGGUGGCAAGAUCCCCAAUCCCAUCCGAUCCUGGAAAGACUCUUCUCUGCCUCCACACAUCUUGGAGGUCAUCGAUAAGUGUGGCUACAAGGAGCCAACACCUAUCCAGCGUCAGGCAAUUCCCAUUGGGCUGCAGAAUCGUGACAUCAUUGGAGUAGCUGAGACUGGCAGUGGCAAGACAGCAGCCUUCCUCAUUCCGUUGCUGGUCUGGAUUACCACUCUCCCCAAAAUUGACAGGAUCGAAGAGUCAGACCAGGGCCCUUAUGCCAUCAUCCUGGCCCCCACUCGUGAGCUGGCUCAGCAGAUUGAGGAAGAGACCAUCAAGUUUGGGAAGCCGCUGGGUAUCCGCACUGUGGCUGUCAUUGGCGGCAUCUCCAGAGAAGACCAGGGCUUCAGGCUGCGCAUGGGUUGUGAGAUAGUGAUUGCUACCCCGGGACGUCUGAUUGAUGUGCUGGAGAACCGCUACCUGGUGCUGAGCCGCUGUACCUACGUGGUUCUGGAUGAGGCAGACAGGAUGAUUGACAUGGGCUUUGAGCCAGACGUCCAGAAGAUCCUGGAGCACAUGCCUGUCAGCAACCAGAAGCCGGACACAGAUGAGGCCGAGGACCCUGAGAAGAUGUUGGCCAACUUCGAGUCAGGAAAACAUAAGUACCGCCAAACAGUCAUGUUCACGGCCACCAUGCCCCCAGCGGUGGAGCGUCUGGCCCGGAGCUACCUUCGGCGACCUGCUGUGGUGUACAUUGGCUCUGCAGGCAAGCCCCACGAACGUGUGGAACAGAAGGUCUUCCUCAUGUCAGAGUCUGAAAAGAGGAAAAAGCUGCUGGCAAUUUUGGAGCAAGGCUUUGAUCCACCCAUCAUCAUUUUUGUCAACCAGAAGAAGGGCUGCGAUGUUUUGGCCAAAUCCCUGGAGAAGAUGGGGUACAAUGCUUGUACACUGCACGGUGGAAAAGGCCAGGAGCAGCGAGAGUUUGCACUAUCCAACCUCAAGGCUGGAGCCAAGGAUAUUUUGGUGGCUACAGAUGUGGCGGGUCGUGGUAUCGACAUCCAGGAUGUAUCUAUGGUUGUCAACUACGAUAUGGCCAAAAACAUCGAAGAUUACAUCCACCGCAUUGGCCGCACGGGGCGAGCAGGCAAGAGUGGUGUGGCCAUCACCUUCCUCACCAAAGAGGACUCUGCGGUGUUCUAUGAGCUGAAGCAAGCCAUCCUGGAGAGCCCGGUGUCCUCCUGCCCCCCAGAGCUAGCCAACCACCCCGAUGCCCAGCACAAGCCAGGCACCAUCCUCACCAAGAAGCGCCGGGAAGAGACCAUCUUUGCCUGACACAGCACUCUCCCCACGGUUCGAGGCCAUGCUCUGGAGCCUGUUCUUCAAGACCCUCAUAUCUCUUCCCAGCUUCUCACUCUUAUGGGGGCUUAGUGAAACCAUCAGACCCCCUGGCCCAGACCCUCAGGUCUGAAGGCCUGAGUGUGAGGCUGUAAAAAGAGAGGAAGCUGCUCUAGGAGGCAGGGAGAACAAACUACAUAGGCUUUGGCGCAGCUCUGCCCCUGUGGCGGGCUCUGGGAUGGCACUGGGCCAUCAGCUCUUGCCAUAUAUGGGGGCAGCCAAUUGGCAUUGCCUCCCAGACGGAACAAAAACCUGGCUGCCGGGCUGGGACUUCUUGGGCACAGACUUGACUGUGUAAGCUGCAGCACCAUCGCUGCCCUGGAUGACCCAGAGAAUCUGGCACUGAGGAUAUGGACCUUGGACUCCUGUUGUCAUUUUGACAGCUGUUUGCCCUUUUGGAUUAUAAAAACAAGUUGCGAGCCUUGUUUAAAGUUGUGCACGGCCCCUGUGCCAAGGGGUGCUGUGCACUCUGGGCAUCCCUCACCCAGGGAAUUUUUUUAGUAGAUGUGGGGACAGGGUGAGCUGGCUGAGUCCAUCUUGAAGUCAGAGUGAAAUUUCUGUUUUCUAUUCUCUGAGAAGAUGUUUGUAUGUUCUGAGAAUAAAUACACGAAUAUUAA